AUGAUGGUCAACGUGCCCUGGAGUGGAUCGUACCCUUGGGGUCAAGCUGGCGGUGUCAGCGCAACUAUGCCCAAUGGUGACGUCUUCACCGUCCACAUUGACCGCAGCAUCACAGAUCCCAACCCAGCUGGCGAUGCUUGGCACAAAUACGAGUUGGACAAGCCGUUCAAGUGCUAUUCGUACCACUGGGACAAGGUUUACCAGCUGGCCGACAGCAAGUGGUGUUCCAGUGCCUACGUGUGCAACCACCGCGGCAAGCCGUACGUCAACCCCGGCAGCGGUGGCGGCAACAACAAUGACAAGGACGACACGACCAUCACCGGCUCUACCAACUCGGACUGGGUGGAGCUGUACGAGCAAACCGCGGAGAACGUAGUCGCGACUGUCCGACGCAUGUUCAACGACAAGAGUACCGAUUGCGAUACCACGGCCAUCUCGAUCGGCUCGGGCUGUACCAUUGAGUGGUCAUGCCACGCCAACGAGGGCCACUCUGAGCUGCAUUCCCUGCAGCGACUCUCCGCCGCGUUUGCCAACCUCGGCAAGACCAAGGAAUACUCAUCGAAGCGCGAGACGACGACUCGUAUCUGUCGCACGCCGGACACACGCCCCGGCCGCGAGGGUCAGUGCCUACAGUGGGUGGACAAGGUCGACCACUACGUCAAGGUGCCGCGAAAGAUUAAGAUGACGAUGGACAACAUCCCACCGAAAGGCUCGGGCCGCAACCCCUCCGAGCAUGGCAACAUGGAAUACGAGAUCAAGUGUAACAAGUCGUCGCUUGAGUGCGCGCUUUGCAACAUCAUCGGAACCGGCCUCACGGUGCCAUCAGCUGGAGUUGGUGCAUCCGUCUUGAUCGGCUGUAUCUCGUCGCCUUUAUGCCGGUAG